CGUUCAAACGCGCUCAGAAUUCAAACUGAGCGGCGGGUAAAAAGAAAACAAGUGAGAAGCUUCAAGGCGACAUCCGUAUUUCUGAACAGAGUUAUAAAAACGACAAAAUGUCCAAAACCUUGCAAGGAAUUACUUUGAAAGGAAGUGCCGAGCUCGUUGCUGAGUUCUUCUCAUUUGGGAUCAACAGCAUUUUAUACCAGCGAGGUAUUUAUCCUGCAGAAACCUUCACCAGAGUCACCAAGUAUGACAUGAGUCUCCAGCUCACCACAGACCCCAAGCUGAAGAACUACCUCACCAACGUGGUGACACAACUCAAAGAGUGGUUGUUUGACUGCACAGUGCAAAAGCUGGUGGUGGUGAUCACAUGCCUUGAGACAAAUGAAGUCCUGGAGAGAUGGCAGUUUGAUAUAGAGUGUGACAAGACCGCUAAGGAGAGCAGCGCUCCCAGAGAGAAGUCAAUGAAAGCCAUCCAGGAGGAAAUCCGCUCAGUUAUCAGGCAGAUCACAGCCACAGUCACCUUCCUACCUUUACUGGAAACAGCCUGUGCAUUCGACCUCCUGAUCUAUACAGAUAAGGAUCUGGAGGUCCCUGAGCAGUGGGAGGAGUCUGGUCCUCAGCUUAUCGACCAAUCGGAGGAGGUUCGGCUUCGCUCAUUCACCACAUCCAUCCAUAAGGUCAACAGUAUGGUGGCCUACAAAAGGACGAACUCCAUGUAACCAUAUUUUCUUUUGUCCUCUCUCUUUUGCUUUCUCUGUUUAUUUUCUGUACAUAGUUUUCAUGUCCCCCAAAACAGAUCUCUCAUUUGCUGAGGGUUUUAUGGCUGUAUCUCUGAAAAUUAAAAAACAAUCCUGGUUUAA